AUGGCAGAUAAGGAUGCUUUGAUGAAUGUCUUUCCUUAUGCGGUAUGGUUCCCGUCGCCGGAUUACGACACUCGCAUGUCUCUUCUCCAGCAUUUUGUCAUUAGCAAAAUUCCUCCUGGGCAAGAAGGAGAAGCAUCAACUACAGAUGUGCAUUCACCAUUUUUGUAUGAACAGUUAGCGCUUCUCACGGAAGGCUGGACAACUGGGCAGCUAAAGAGGAUAGUAGAACGAACACUUUCUGAGCGUCGUAUUGAACAACUUCUACAGCGUCCAUUACAAGCAAGCGAUUUCGUAAUAGCAUUAGCAGAGGAAAAAGCACUAUCAGAAGGGGAAGUGAAAAAAAUGAUAGAGUUUCAUAACUCUCUUCCUUUUACCAUGCGUCGUGCCAACCCGCCGGAAGAUUUUCCCGCAGACGAAACGGGUGCUGGAAAAUCAAGGAAAUCAACCUCGAAAAAGGUUAAAAAAUGA